AGGAAGCAGGAAGUUGUGAGCCGCAACAGGCGCUAACGAGAAAAUCAUAAUGAUGUUACUCUGCCUUGUAGCUGUCCUUGUAUGUCUGACAUCGCCCCCAACUCUCGCGAGAAAUCCGCGGGAUGCUGCCAAAGGAUGCACAGCACCAUACGCACUACCUAAUCUCCCCUUUUUCGUCGUUUGGAAUGUCCCUUCUGGAGGGUGCGAAGCACACGGGAUUAACCUCAACUUGACAACUUAUCGAAUCGUAACGAACAAGAAUGAUCAAUUCAUGGGAGAAAAUAUGGUUAUAUUUUACGGAUUUGGAGAUUGGCCACAGUACAGGGGUAACACACCCUCAAAUGGAGGCAUCCCACAAGAAGGAAACCUGUCCGAACACUUCCGGAAGGCUGAGGCUGUGACGAACCAGGACAUCCCCGACCCCAACUAUUCCGGAUUGGCGGUCAUCGACUUCGAAUCCUGGAGACCACAUCUACCACUGAAUUUUGAUAGUUUGAAAAUUUACCAGACAAAGUCAGUGGAGCUGGUCAAGAAACAACAUCCCACCUGGACAAACACAACACAGAUCAUGGAGGAGGCUACCCGACAGUUCGACAUCGCCGCCAGAUGCAAGGAUCUCUACGGCGAACAACUCCGUCCGAAAGCCUACUGGGGUUACUAUGGUUACCCGCGAUGCUGGGGGCCUUCAACAACCAAUGAGUGUCCAAUACCCGGGACAUGGACUACGAAUGAUAAAUACAUGGGGUGGCUGUUCUCAACCAACACAGGCCUGUUUCCCAGGAUUUACACCAAUCGGAACACACCAAUGCACAGCCGCUACCUGUACGUCAGACAGACGGUGAACGAGACGCUCCGAGUGCAGGCGAAAUGGUCGGGGCUCAACACUCCCAUCAUGCCGUACACUCUGAGUCAAGACAACGGAACAGACUUCUUCCAGAAAGAUGAUCUCAAGGUCGCCAUCGAGGAACCUGCCGCUAUGGGGGCUUCUGGAGUGGUCAUCUGGGGAAGCUCCUCGUUCUUCCACACGAGUGAUGAAUGUCACAAGAUGCAGAACGACAUCAACAAAGUCUUCGGCCCCUUCGUCAAGAACCUCACCGACUUCACACAAGCAUGUGCCAACGAGCUGUGCAACAACCACGGCCGGUGUAUCAGGAAGGACUUCGAGGCCACCACACAGAACUUCCUCCGUCUGUACCAGAAGGAGGCUUGUGUGAGGCCGAGGGAGGAGUAUGAGGACACGAGGGACAAGAGGCGGGGGUUGUUCGGGGACAGGUACCCCAGACUGAAGAAGUAUGAGUAUUAUGUGUGUAGAUGUCUGCCCGGAUGGUCAGGUGAAUAUUGUAACAAGUCAUAGGGUGGUUGUAAUUCGCCAUAUGGAGAUGGGUACUCACAAGACUUAGAGAUUUUGAGAUACACUACGCCGAUAAUACUCUUUGAUAUGAUGUUUAUACUUUCUGAAUAUGUAUAAUCAUUAAUAAUAGUU